AUGCCAAAAUGGGUGAAAUUGGUUUUCUUGAAAUGGUUGCCACGGCUAUUAUUUAUGAGACGAUCGCUUGACGACAGCGAAAAUUCGUUUCGAAAAGUAAGCUCGAGAAAAACACUCGGAUUAACAACACUUGAUGGGAAAAUCCCCUUGAAUUUGCAUGAACAUCGUGUGAGUCGUGAUAUUGGCAAAAGUCUGGGGAAUGCUGCCGUAGACGAGCGGAUACAAAAACUCUACUACUCUCCUCAGGUUAUUAAAGCGUUCGAGAACAUUUGUUUCAUUGCGGAGUUGCUCAAAAAGAAGGACCGUGACGACAAAAUAGAUGAGGACUGGAAGUACGUGGCAAUGGUGCUGGACAGAUUGUUUCUGAUCAUCUUCUCGCUAGCUUGCUUCACUGGCACUGUACUAAUUCUCCUCCAGGCACCGACUCUCUAUGACGAUCGGAAUCCUAUCGAUCUACAGUACAGACCUGCCAAUUUAAGUUCUUUAGUCUGA